GGUCAAUAAUAAUAAUAGCGAAGGCAACCGAAGCACAGAACUUGUGGCUUAAUUGUCUUGCUUUCCGAAGAUGACGUCGUACCGCAGCAUGACUUUGUGCGACACCCUCGCCUUCAACUUCGUUAAUUUGGAUCAGCUGACGGAGACGUACACCACGUCGUUUUACGGCGAGUACGUGACCCACUGGCCGGAGUUCCAGCGAAUGUGCAUUCACCCCACGACUGGAAUACCAAUGGCGUACACUUUCGGAAAGGCAGAAGGGCAGGGCGAGGACUUUCACGGACACGUGUCUGCCGUGUCGGUUGCACCAACGUUUCGGCGUGUCGCGCUUGGCGAGACGCUCAUGGUGGAGCUGGCGCAGAUGAGCGAGUUUGUGCACCACGCUUACUUUGUCGAUCUCUUCGUUCGCAAGAGCAAUCAGGUGGCGCAGGACAUGUACCACCGAUUAGGCUACAUUGUGUAUCGCACCGUCCUGGGCUACUACCGUGGCGAUGGCCCGAAAGGUCCGUUUAAGAGUGACGAGGACGCAUUAGAUAUGCGACUGGCGCUUUCCCGCGAUAAGGAGAGACGGAAGAGCAGCGUCAUUCCACUGGAUCGGCCGAUUAGACCGGAGGAAUUGGAGUGGUCGUAA